AUGGAAAAUUUAUGCCCUCCACCUCCUUCCCAAAGGAUGGAUUUUUCCACUCCUCCAAGAAACAGGCAUCGUCACAAAAGAUCCUUUGCCAUAUCUGGAGAUUUUGAAUUUUUAAAACAACCUGCUUCUGCGCCUGUUUUCACUUCUGGAUAUGACUCACCUACCCUUGAGAAUACACCAAGAAGAGCAAGCGGCAUGAACUUGACAAUGCCUGAUGAAUCUCAAAAUGAAUCGGCACUAGUACCUUCACCAAGCCCAAGGUUUUUCAUCAGCGAAGCUUCCACAUAUACAUCACCAGUUAAAGGAGUGCCGGACGCUAUCAUUAAUUUGGAUGAUGUGCUCAUUAAUGAGCCGAGAAUGUGUAGAUCACAUCGCAAAACCAAAUCGGUACCAGUAAAAUUGGACGAAUUUUAUUCCUCCCAUAAGUGCAGCUCUGUACCAGAAUUAACUAUAAAUGAAGAAAUGGAUGAAGACGACACCAACCCUCAGUUACUGGAGCCCGUAAAACCAUUAUCAACUUCUUUAUCUACUGAAAUGAAUGAAGACAAGAGAAUGGCAUUGAAAAAUACCAGAAGCCAUAACUCGUUAAAAAUUCAGGCACAAAAGCAAAGGUACUACAACUCUGCAAGAUAUCUGCCUUUGAAUAACGAUGACAGAACAACAGAUCCACAAAGUUUAACGAAGCAAAGCUCUGUUACAUCUUUAUUUUCUUCUAGGUCGAUCACACCUGUAUCGUGUAACAUCAAUAAUGCUGGUAGAAUCAAUACCAUCAAUGGUAAUUAUCUGGAUGAUGUUCUUUAUGAUCUCGAUACUCCUGCAACAACUUUGACUCAGGAUAUUGAUAACUUCCAAACUAGUAUCAGUGAAAGGGUUAGGCUGUCACCACAAUCCUCUUCGAUAAAAAAGUAUUUUUCCAAAGAUGGUAAAUCCCUCAGCAGCUUCAAUUUUCAGUCUCAAGAGUACGAUAUGGUAUCCUUUACUGAAGAUUUCGACCAUGCAACGUCAUUGUCCUCUUCUAUUCUUGACUCUGAGAAACAAACAGAUGAUGAAGAAGAAAGUAUUCCCGAAGAAAUACUACGAGGAGAGCCCCUGCAUGUAUACAACGAAACCAAUAAAUCUGAAAAAAAUGCCAGCUCGCCUACGAAGCAAAAGUCGGCCCCAACUGACAGAAAUAGCAAGCACAAGUCAAGUCAAUAUGAAAAAAAACCUCACAAGAAGAAUAGAAAAUUUAAAAUUUUUGCCAAAUUAUUCUGCACCAGGAAAUAA